GCACACAUACACACAGUGGAUAUACACAAACAAGACUCCUCUCAUGCUCUCACUCUCUUUUCCCCAAUUUCUGAACUAACACAAAAUGUCAUCAAAGGGCAAAGCAAUCGCCGACCCCAAAGGCAAGCGGAAGAUCGACGACGACAAAACUGGAGGCCGGAAUAAGAAGCGCUCCGGCGUGCUUCAGUUCUUCGAAGACUCUGCUCGUGAAGCUGAUGAGAGCGAUGAUAGUUUGGAUAGCCUCUUCGGUGACGACGAGGAUGGUGAUUUUCUGGAAGAUAUAUUUGAUGAGGAAGCUAAUGUCAGUGCUGAACAGCAAAGAAAUGUCGCCCUUCGUGUAAAGGAGGAAGAGAUGACUGAGGAAGAACAUGAAAAAAUGCUGGAAAAAAUGGUCCAAGAACGUUACAAACCAGGUUCUAGUUUCGUUACAUAUGCAGAAGAUAGAGUUGACUCCCAAAGAUCUACUGAACGGAGUACAGUGACUUCUUGUGAUCCUAUAAUGUGGAAAGUUAAAUGCAUGGUUGGUCGCGAGAGGCAUUCUACUAUCUGCCUUAUGCAGAAGUAUGUUGAUCUUCAGUCCAUGGGGAAAAAACCGCAGAUAAUUACUGCUUUUGCAGCUGAACAUGUAAAGGGUGCUAUAUUUAUUGAAGCUUACAAGAAAAAUGAUAUAUAUGAGGCUUGUAAUGGGCUUUGUAGUAUUUAUCCAAGUCGAGUGGCUGCUGUUAAACCAGGUGAAAUUUCUAAUUUGCUUACUGUCAGAAGCAAGCCCUGCAACAUUACCUUGGGCACCUUUGCCCGCGUUAAGAGUGGGAAGUACAAGGGGGACCUUGCUCAGGUUGUGGCUGUGAAUGAAUCAAAGAGAAAAGCUACUGUGAAGCUGAUUCCAAGAAUAGAUCUACAAGCUUUGGCGGCAAAAUUUGGUGGAGGAGUCGCCGCCAAGAAAACUGCUGGCCCUGCCCCACCCCCUAGAUUGAUCAGCUCUAGUGAACUUGAGGAGUUCCGACCUCUCAUUCAGUCUAGGUGUGACCGUGAUAGCAAUACAUUCUAUGAGGUUCUGGAUGGCAUGUUGCUAAAGGAUGGCUAUUUAUACAAAAAAGUCCGUAUUGAUUCUUUGAGCUUGUAUGGUGUACUGCCGUCUGAGGAUGAGCUCCUAAAAUUCGAGUCUUCCAGGAAUGAGGAAUCUAAUGAUGUGGAGUGGCUCUCUGAGCUUUAUGGUGAACAAAAGAAAAAUAUUACCAGAAGAAAUGAUAAAGCUGGUGGAAAAGGAGAGGGUUCAUCGUCCUCAAAUUUGGAUAGUGAUUUAGAAGUACAUGAUAUGGUUUUUUUCAGCCGGACUGGUUUUGGUGUUAUUGUAGGCAUGGAGAAGGAUGACAGCUUUAAGGUCCUGAAGGAGGGUUCAGAAGGGCAAGUAAUUGUGAAUGUUAAACGUCGGGAACUGAAGAAGGCAUCCUUUGAUAAUAAAUUUACUACAUGGGACCGUCACAAGAAGAUUAUAUCAAUAAAUGACUCCGUCCGGAUUUUGGAAGGUCAACUAGAGGGAAGGCAAGGUGUCGUUAAGCAAAUUUACAGAGGAACAGUCUUCAUUUAUAAUGAGUCUGAACAGGAAAAUAGUGGUUAUUACUGUUGUAAAUCUCAAAACUGCGAGAAAUUUAAACUUCUUGGUGAUGCAUGUAAAGAGAAGGGUGGUGCACAAGCAUCCUCGAGCUUUGAUGAUUGCCCAUCAUCUCCAAAAUCACCUCUCUCCCCCAAAAAGCCAUGGCAAGAAAGGGAUAGUACCUUAAACCAGGGUGGCAAAGAUGAAUUAUUCUCUGUUGGUCAGUCAUUAAGAAUCCGGAUAGGCCCUUUGAAGGGAUAUCUCUGUCGUGUCUUGGCCCUAAGAAGGUCAGAUGUUACGGUGAAGCUGGAUUCUCAGCACAAGAUACUUACAGUUAAAGCUGAGCACCUCGUUGCAGUUCGUGAAAAGGGUGUUCUGACCGGUGAUGGCUUGGAGUCUAAACCUUUUGAUUUGCUUGGAACUCAAGAAGACGGCCCUGGAGGUUGGAUGGAUGGGGCAGGGACAUCAGCAGAUGUUCAGGGUUGGGGUACUGGUGGCCAGACUACUGAGAGUAACUCUUGGGGUGCUUUCCCUUCAAGCAUCGCGCCUAAUCCUGAAACAGGAUCAUUGGAUCCUCUAAACUCGAUGGAUAUUGAUUCAAAAAAAGAUGAGGGGGCAACAUGGGAGACAAAAUUGGCACCAACUCAGAGUUCAUCAUGGGGAGCGCCUGCAACUCGCGAAACAGCUCUCGCUACUACUGAGCAAGUUGGUGGUUGGGGAGGAAGUGAUGGUGGCUGGAGUAAAGCGGCUUCUGAUACUGUCGGUGGCAGCAAUACUUCUGAUAGCUGGGGUAGGGCAAAAUUACCCGGCGAUGAUCAGGCUGGCCAAUCAACUGAUGCCUGGGGGGCAGCAAAAGAUAAAUCUACCAGUACAUGUGAUCCCUCUGCAUCUUCUUGGGGAAAGAGUACUGAUCCAACUAAUAACCAGGAUGCUGGAUGGGGCAAGUCUGAGGGAACAUGGGGUAAAGAAAAUAAUGCGAGUGAUAAUACAACUAGUGCCUGGGGCAGUGCAAAUGUAAAGAAUCAAGUGGAUUCCUGGGGUAAAGGUAAAGAUGGUGAAGAUGGUCCUAGUGAAGGCAGAUCUUCUUGGAAUACAUCCACCACUGUGGCAGAUAAAGGAACUGGGGGUUGGGGUAGUGGUAAUGGAGGUGGAUUUGAUGGCAGUGGUGGUGGAAGGGGUGGUGGACGUGGUGGGAAUGGUGGAAGGGGCGGUGCUGGUGGCAAUUCAUGUUACAAGUGUGGGGAGUCUGGGCAUAUGGCUCGGGAGUGUAGUCAGGGGGGCGGCGGCGGCAAUGCUUGCUAUAAGUGCGGGGAAUCUGGGCACAUUGCUCGGGAGUGUAGUCAGGGAGGUGGUGGGGGCAGUAAUGCUUGCUACAAGUGUGGGGAAACUGGGCACAUGGCUAGAGAGUGUACUCAGGGCGGCGGCAGCGGGGGUGGUAAUGCUUGCUACAAGUGUGGGGAAACUGGCCACAUGGCUAGAGAGUGUACUCAGGGGGGCGGCGGCGGUGGAAGUAGAGGUGGAAAUGCAUGUUACAAGUGUGGGGAGACUGGUCACAUGGCUAGGGAGUGCACUCAGGGUGGCAACAAAGGAGGAAAUGCUUGUUUCAAGUGUGGGGAGACGGGACACAUGGCUAGGGAGUGUAGUCAGGGUGGCGGCAGUGGUGCUGGAAACAAUGUCAGAAGCUCUUGGAGUCAUUCAAACAAAGAUGUAGGAGAGACCGCGUGGUCGACGAAAUCUGAUACUAAUCAGAAUUCAACCUGGGGUGCAAAUUUAGCUGAUGAUGCUACUGGAAGCUGGGGUGCAUCUGCACCGGAGAAAGAAAGCAGGGGAUGGUCAAGCAAAGCUGUCCAGACUACAUCGACUGAUGCUCCUGUUUCAGAAACUGGCGGGUGGGGUAGCUCUUGGAAUAAAACCUCUGAUACCUCUAAAGAUGGAGGGUCCAGCUGGGGAACCGCUUCAUCUGAAAAAGAAAAAGAACGCGGGGGCUGGUCAAGUAAAGCAAGUUGGAAUAUGUCUACUCCAACACCUGAUAAAGAAAUCGGCGGCUGGGAUACUGCAGGUAAUGAUGGUCGUGCUAGUGGGCGAGGAGGCGCUGCUGGUAAUGCCUGCUACAAGUGUGGAGAGAGUGGACACAUGGCUAGGGAGUGUCCUCAGGGUGGCAGCAGAGGAGGCAAUGCUUGUUACAAGUGUGGGGAGUCUGGUCAUAUUUCUAGGGAGUGUCCUCAAGGUGGCAGCAGAGGAGGCAGUGCUUGUUACAAGUGUGGGGAGUCAGGUCAUAUGUCCAGGGAGUGUCCUCAAGGUGGCAGCAAAGCAGGAAAUGCUUGUUUUAAGUGUGGGGAGACGGGUCAUAUGGCAAGAGAAUGUAGUCAGGGUGGUGGCAGUUCUUGUUACAAAUGUGGGGAGACUGGUCAUAUGUCUCGGGAAUGUAGCAAGGCUGGUGGCAGUGGAAAUAAUUGUUUCAAGUGUGGUGAGAGUGGUCACCAGGCUAGGGAUUGUACUCAGGGUGGUGGUGGAGGUUAUAGUACAAGCUCAUGGUCUGCUAAAAACUCGACACAGCUAGAGACCAGUCGUCUCAACUUUGAGAAAGAUGUAGGCUCUGCUGCCUGGGGGAGUGCAGCGGUUCCAAAAUCAUCAUGGGGUGCAGCCAAAGCUGAUGACGGUGCUCUUGCUAGUGAAAAUGUUGGGGGCUGGGGAAAUACUGAUAGUGGAAGGAACCAGUCUACUCCUGCUAUUAACGAUAGCACUGUUUCUGAUUCCUGGGGUGAUUCUAAAAGUGAGAAAGUCACUGGUGGAUGGGGUAGUGCUGCUGAACCUGGGAAGCCUACAAGCAACUGGAGCACUGGUACAGAAGGGAAGAAUCAAUCAGUUUCAUGGGGAGGUACUGCAGACAACGGGAACAGUAAAGAAAUAUCUGAUAGAAGCAUGUCUGCUUGGAACACAUCAGGAGGAAAAGAUACUGGGGGUUGGAAUACAUCUGGCGAAAAACAAACUGGGGGAUGGGGUGCUGCUGGUGGGAGUAACGCAGGUGAAGGUGGAUUUAGUGGCGGUCAGGGGUUUGGUGGUCGUGCUAGCAGUGGAAAUGCUUGCUACAAGUGUGGAGAGUCUGGGCACUUUGCCAGAGAAUGUAGUCAGGGAGGUGGGGGUCGUGGUGGUGGAAGGUCUGGUGGCCGUGGUGGUGGAAGUGGUUGUUAUAAAUGUGGACAGGAAGGGCACUUUGCCCGAGAAUGCCCUAGCUCGAAUAAUUGAACUUUUUAGCACUAUGGUGAAUUUCUCUUAAAACUUGGUAACUUUCUUCUUUUGAGGUUUUCUUGCUUUGUCACUUACAUUGAAGUCUGUUUUUGAUGGUGAACUUCUGUCCUCUGAGGACCUUCUAGAGUGGUAGCUGGCAAGUUCUUGAAUGUUUUGCUUUUAAGUUCCUAAAACUUAGAUUUAGUAAUUUUUUUGUUCCUGAUUCUAAUGUUCCAUGUAUGAAUCUAUGGAGCUCCUUUUCUUCA